ACUUGUUGCAGCUGUAAGAAGAAGGGGGCGUGUGUCGGCUGUUACGUCAGGAGCUGCAGGAAGUCGGUUCACUUCCCCUGUGGGAGGAAAAAGAAGUUCAUCUCUCAGUUCACCGGCCUUUUCCCGUCGUAUUGUCAAGAUCACAAUCCCACUCAGUCUCUGUGUGUGAGCUCAGACCUCAGUCUGCCUCAGUCCUGCUCCGUCUGUUUGGACGCCAUCGACCCCGUCCUGUCCUACUCCGUCCUCAAAUGUCCGUGCUGCCACGCCAGCUGGUUCCACAGGGAGUGUGUACAGCGUCAGGCCCACAGCGCUGGCCUCUUCUUCUUCAGAUGUACUCUCUGUAACAACAAGGAGAGCUUCCAGGAGGAGAUGCUCAGGAUGGGAAUCUACAUCCCGGAGAGAGAUGCUUCAUGGGAGUUGGAGGCCAACGCAUAUUCUGAGCUGCUGGAGGUUUACGACCACUGUGACGCUCUCACCUGCCUCUGCAAUGACGGACCGACACACUCCGCAAAGACCGGGUGGUUUGAGGUGAUUCGCUGUCGACUGUGUGGAUCCAGAGGCACGCACAGGAAAUGUUCGGGGCUGAAGCUGCACACCAGCGACUGGGCCUGCAGCGACUGCACACAGGCUACUGAUGGGAAAGGUCUCAGUUCAUUUCUUUGAUUGUCGGCAGGAUUACGCAAAAACCACUUCAUGAAACUUUGUGCAGACGAGCAGACGAGGAAGGGGACAGGUGGUCAGAUCCAAGGUUUAUUUCUUUAACAAAGUGAGAUAAGACAUUUUC